AAGAAAGUUAAUGUACUGUGAACAAACCUGUGAAGACGAGAUGAUGCAGAACAAGAUUCAACUCGUUGUUUUGCUCGCAGGAAUCCUGUCGAAGGCUUCAUGUGACCCAUGUCGAUUCGUCCUGAUUGGAGAGCCGAAGACCUGGGCAGAAGCGCAAUCGUACUGCAGGGAGAAACACACGGAUCUGGCGACGGUUCAGAGCGAUGAAGACAGAGCCAAACUAAAGGAGGCAGCAAACGCUGUGAGCUUCAGAUCUGUCGCCUGGAUCGGCUUCUACAAAGUUUUUUGGCUUUGGUCGCAUCAAAACACGAUUAUAAGCUACGCGAAGUGGGGUAACCAGGAGCCGAACUUGCUCAAAACACAUGAGGCCUGUGCAACUGUAAGUGAAUACGGACAAUGGAGUGACAUAUCCUGUACUGAACUAAAAUACUUCUUUUGCCAAACUGACAAACAGGCCGAACUUAAGGACAAGUUUAAGUACACCGAAAAGUACAUGAACUGGCAUGAUGCUCAAACGCACUGCAGAUCACAUGAAAUAGACCUGGCCACCGUUACAAACGACACAGAAAACGCGUUCCUCGCAAACGUGCUUGAUUCAGAGAACGACCGGAAUGCCUGGAUCGGCCUGUCCAAGAGGCAGGGGCUAUGGCAGUGGCAGUGGUCAGAUAACAGCAGUGUAUCGUCGUCUGUGCAAUGGGAGUCCGGGCAGCCUGAUAAUGUGAAUGGCACUGAAGAUUGUGUGAGUGCUGAUACUGAUGGACUGAUGGCUGACGACACCUGCUUGACUGUACUGCCUUUCUACUGCCGAGAAAACACGAAAAUACAGCGUGUGAGAUUCGCAGUGAAAUCAGACGGAUCUCUGGAUGAAUCUGCAGUGAUGGAGGCCAUAGAGAAGAAGAUGAAGCAGAUCCUCUCGGGUCAGGACAUGAAAAUCAGAUACAGCAUAACAUGGAGCGUCCAACCUGACGAGAAGAUCUUCCAGCAGCAGAAAACACAAGAAAACACACAAGACACGGCAACAGCAUGUGAGGAGCUGGGUCCAAUGAAACGCUAGACUCUGAUACGUACAAUAACUUGUCAAACCGUCUAUGAAUCUUUAAGGUACAGGAAUUUAUAAUAAAAGAGAGAACAUGUUUAUCACAUUUAUUUAAUACAGUUAAUGCACUGCCACUGUUAAUUUGUUGCUUUGUUUACAUACUGUGCAAAUACUUAAGAAUAUGAAUAAGACCAUCCUGGAUAAAAGUACAGGACAAAUGCAUUUCAAAUGUUACUUUCUCAUUUCACUGUACACUGAAAUAUAUUUAGUGCUGGUUAGAAUUGGUUUGAAUGUGUAAUUCAUUUAGAAAAAUAACAAUAGUCUUCUCUUGGGGUCCUUUAAGUAGUUUAAUAUUUAGUUCUUUUGAAAUAUUAAUAUUUUAUAAUA